UUUAUCUACAUGUGUCAAGCUUUGGUUUUAAAAUUGAUUUCACCUUUCACUUUCACACUUUGGGUACAAUUUUUUGUUUUUUUCAUAUGAUUUGUUUUGAUGUGUUGUGUUCCUGUAUGAUUUGUUUUGCUGUGUUGUGUUCCUUAUUCCUAGAUCUUCAUUUAUUACUGUAUUUUUUUUAUUAUCUAUAUUUUCAGUUUUUUUUUUCUUUUAUUUCACACACUUUCUUACACUUACAAAACUUUUUCUGCGUUUUGCUUUGCGUGUGUAACAUUUUUAAUCAGGCUAACCCAUUUUACCCUUUUUUGCAGUGCCUAAAAAAGUGAAUAAUAAAAAAAAUUAGAUUUAUACAAAAUGAAUACCAAUAUGGAGCUUAUGAAAAAACCUCAGAACAUUCAGCAUGAUGAUGAUAAUGAUGCAUCGUCGUCCAAUAAUUAUAUUCUAUGUAUGUCAAAAUGCCCAUGGUGGUAUUUUGUCAAGAGAAAUACUGAGAAUAGUACUACUGACAGUAUUGCGGUCAUUGGUCAUAAAAUACGUCAUUGGAUUGGGAUUAAUGAAUGGUCGAGAGUUUGCAAAAAAGAAAGAAUAGCAUUCGAACUCGGGUACUCCAGACGAUUACCCAUAAAAACUUCAUCAGGGCAUGAUAUAGAAAGAACACAAGCUAAGAAAAUGUAA